GCGAUACCCAGAGGCUUAACGAACUAAUAAAGGUUGUUGCCGUGAUUAUACCACGGCAACCUGUGGUAUCAUCAUAAUUUGAUCUCGACUAUCUAAUUUCUAUUGCCCAAUAAUAUCCCGAUAUCACAAUGUCGGACGACGAGCAAGAUGCCCUAGAUGCCCUUGAGCGAGAGGCCUCCGAUUUCACCAAGGAUGCGGAAAUUGAUCGCAUCCGAAAAUCAUUUGUUUUAGAUGCCUACGCGGUCCUUGACCUUCAACCCGGAGUGACGGAGAAGGACAUAAAGAUACAGUAUCGAAAGAAAUCAUUACUUAUUCACCCGGAUAAAACGCAGAACCCGGGUGCGCCAGAUGCGUUCGAUCGUCUGAAGAAAGCCCAAUCCGCCCUGAUGGAUGAGAAACAACGUUCAUACCUGGAUGAAUGUAUUGCAGAUGCUCGACGGCUCUUGAUUCGCGAACACAAGUAUACAUUGGACUCGCCGGAGUUGAAGACUGAUGAGUUCAAAAAGGAAUGGCGGCAAAAGACGGUCCAGGUAUUGUUAGAGGAAGAGGCACGAAGGCGAAGACAAGCCAAGGCGAAGCUACAAGAAGAGGGCCGGGAGAGGCGGAAAGAGGAGGAAGAAAUUGAAGAGCGGAAGCGGAAACGUGAUCAACAUCAGGCAUGGGAGGAUAGUCGCGAUAAGCGGAUUGGGAGCUGGCGUGAUUGGCAGAAAGGACAGAAGAAGGACGGCGAAAAGAAGAAGAAAAAGAUGAAGGUCUUGGGAUGAUCUUAUGUUCAACCGUGAAGGCUAUGCAUUUGAAAUUGCGCCAGCCGACUAUUCAUGAUCUGCAUGCAAGGGUCCUUAUACUGCGCCUUUGUCACUGCAACCACCACGAAGCACUGCCAAAUGGUCUCUACUCCCAGACCAAAGUCUGUUUCUACUCAUUUCUGACUGGCAGCCGGUUGUUCCAUCUGCACCUUGGCCAAGAUGACAGUGUCAGUGCCAGUAACUGAACUGGUGAAGAUGCAUGAUACUUAUUGUAGGUUCAAUGUAGGCAGGAAAUGUCAUAAGAAUGAUCAUGACAAAGACUUCUCCUCUUGCGGCUGCCCCGCAGGUUCGAGAGUAAUCUUCAUUUUGAAUGAAUAUAUAGUCCAGUUUUG